AUGGAUGCCGAAAAAACGCGUGGAACGAGUGUCACGUUCGAAAACCAAUCCCGUGUUGAAGAAAGCAGCGAGGCAUCGGUGGCUUGGUGUACACAUCCGCCUGGCGAGAUUCCAACGCUGGUCCAAGUCAACGUGCCGGGUGCAUUAGAUCCAUCAACGAUGUUGUACACUGGCAACCUGGUUGAGAGGGGCAAAGUACCUCAAGCUUUGCCCGAUUACGCCCACAUCGGUGUUGUUUCGAGUGCUUUUGGCCUUCGUAUGCGCCAACACUUGAGCUUCACAUGUAUUGCACGUGCUCUAUUGCAGCGAUGGCAACUUGAAGAUAAUGGAGAUCACGACCCACGAAGUGUCGCCACUGCAACGAGCGCCAUACAACUACGAAUGGUUCUGCACGGUGAAGGGGGUACUGGAAAGUCGCAUGUCAUCGCUGCUGUGCAAGCGUUUUGUAACUCGUGGAAGAGACCAUUCAGCAUUGCCAAAACCGCAAUGACUGGCAAGGCCGCCGUCUCAAUCAACGGAGUUACGUUGCAUAGCUGGAUUGGUAUGCACAACUUGACCCCAAGCACUGUUCACGAGGCGAAAGAAGCCGACGAGAAAGGCGUACCUAGCUACACGGAAGAUCUCAAGCUACUCCUGGUGGACGAAAUGUCCAUGAUGAACAAACAACAGUUGGUUCGACUCGACAAGGCACUUCGUGCACGGACGAAGCUGGACUUGCCCUUCGACUACCAUGUCGGCCGAAAGAAGGCCGCAAUGACAAGAACGUCCAGGGAGGAAGAACAGAACAUCCAAAUGGAAAACGACGAUGGUCGCACUGAGCCUGAUGACUUCGACGACAUUGACUUUGAAAACGCACUCCUGGUUGCCAGCAGACAUCCAGCAACCAGGCACUUGAACUGUGAUGAUGCAUGCGAUACCACAUCGGAAUUGUAUCAAGCAGUAUCAUCGUCGGAGAUGAACAACCAAGUCAAGUAUCCAACAACGACGCCAAUUGAUGCGGAUAUGGCAACAUUGGUUGGUGGUCAGUCCCUCGACGAAGCGUCAACAACAGCAUCCUCAAGUUACAUGUCCAUUUUGGGUGCUUGGGACCAGCGACUUCGUUGCCGUGAGCAGUUUGCGUAG